CGCGUGUAGAGAGUAGUCGAGCCAUGGAGAUCGCCAUGGUGGCCCUCCGCCCUGCCCUCUCGAAGCUCGGCGAUCUGCUCGUCGGUGAGUUCACAUUGGAGAAGCGCGUGAGGAAAGGCAUCGAGUCUCUCGUGAGAGAGCUGACGCUGAUGCACGCCGCCCUUCGCAAGGUGGCAAAAGUGCCGCCAGAUCAGCUCGACGAGGGGGUCAAGAUCUGGGCUGGAAAUGUCAGGGAUUUAUCCUACCAGAUGGAGGACAUUGUUGAUGCUUUCAUGGUUCGUGUGGAGGGCGCUGCCGAGCCUGCCAACCCGAAGAACAAAGUCAAGAAGUUACUCAAGAAGACCAUCAAAUUGUUCAAGAAAGGGAGGGAUCUCCAUCAUCUCUCCGAUGCCCUAGAAGAAGCGGUUGGCCAAGCAAAGCAGUUGGCGGAGUUGCGUCAAAGGUACGAGCAAGAGAUGGGGAAUACCAACGCUGGUGCUAGCGUAGACCCUCGCUUGAUGGCCAUGUACAGAGAUGUGAAAGAGCUCGUUGGCAUUGAAGAAACACGAGACGAGUUGAUCAACAUGUUGACCGAAGGUGAUGAUUGGGUGAAGCAUCCGCUAAAGACGGUCUCCAUUGUUGGAUUCGGCGGGUUAGGCAAGACAACUCUUGCAAAAGCAGUGUAUGACAAGAUUAAAGUGCAAUUUGAUUGCGGUGCUUUCAUUUCGGUUUCUCAGAGUCCUGACACGAAGAAACUCUUGAAGGAUAUUCUCUUUGAACUUGACAAGAACAAAUAUGAAAACAUUUAUAAUGUAGAAAGGGAAGAGAAGCAUCUCAUUGACGAACUGAUUGAAUUCCUUAACAACAAGAGGUACCUCAUUGUAGUUGAUGACAUAUGGGAUACCAAUGUGUGGGAAUUAAUCAAGUGUGCCUUUUUCAAGGACAGUAUCGGGAGUCGACUAAUCACGACAACCCGUAUUCUAACUGUGUCUGAAGCAUGUUGUUCUUCUAGUGAUGAUAUUUACAGAAUGAAGCCUCUUUCUAAUGAUGUCUCAAGAAGACUCUUCUAUAAAAGAGUAUUUUCUCAAGAAAAAGUGUGUCCCCCUGAAUUGGUGAAUGUAUGUGAAGAUAUCUUGAAGAAAUGUGGUGGGAUACCGCUAGCCAUUAUCACUAUAGCAAGUCUUCUGGCUAGCAAUUAUAUGACAAAAACAAAGGAUCAAUGGUUUGAUUUGCUCAAUUCCAUUGGUCGUGGACUUACAGAACAUCGCAGUUUGGAGCAGAUGAAGAAGAUAUUAUUGUUAAGCUAUUAUGAUCUACCUUUCCAUCUGAAGCCUUGUUUGCUAUAUCUAAGUAUGUAUCCAGAAGACUACAGGAUUAUGAGAGAUGAUCUUAUAUUGAGGUGGAUAGCAGAAGGCUUUGUUUACCAUGAGAAACAAAAAUCUAGUUUAUUUGAGCUCGGGGUCUGUUAUUUCAAUGAGCUUGUAAAUAGAAACAUGAUCCAGCUAGUGGUUAUCGGUGUAGAAGAAUAUGGGGAGAAAGCUUGUCGUGUACAUGACAUGGUUCUUGAUCUCAUACGUUCCUUGUCGAGUAAAGAAAACUUUGUCACCAUAUUGGAUAGUACUGGGAGCAAGGUACCUAGUGCACAAAACAAGGUUCACAGAUUAUCCAUCCAAAAUACUAGAAACGUAGACUUGGCUACCACCAACAUGGCACAAGUGAGAUCUGUUGCUGUUUUCGGAAAUGGCACUGGCCAAAUGCCACUUGUUAAGGGUUGUAAAGUUCUGCGUGUAUUGGCUUUAGAAGACUCCAGUAUUUCAGAUAUUGGGUACGUGGACAAUAUGUUGCACUUGAGGUACAUAAGGUUAAAGCAUACAAAAGUUCAAGAGCUUCCGGUGGAUAUAGGAAACCUGCAUUUUCUGCAAACAUUGGACUUGAAAGAUUCAACCAUAGUCAAAUUGCCAUCAAGCAUAGUUUUGUUAAGAAAUUUGACGUGCCUACGUAUCAAUGAAUAUAUACAGCUGCCGUCUGGGAUGGAUUGUUUGACAUCGCUUGAAGUGCUAGAGGCACUGCGGGUUGGCCACAUGCCAGACUGUUUUAACCUAGACAUGGUGAAAGAGUUGUGCCAUCUGAACAAGUUGAGGGUGCUCAAGUUAAUUUUGAUUUGUUUGGAUGAAAGCAUGCAAAAAGAUUUUAUGAAGUCCCUAAGUAAUCUGCAUAAAUUGGAAAGUCUAUAUAUUAAUGGCACUCAUAUAAGGUUCGAUUUCAUGCAGGAAGGCUGGGUGCCUCCUCCACAGCUCCGCUCAUUAAAUUUGAAUGGAGAGUUCAAAUCACUGCCAUCAUGGAUUAGCCUAUCAUUAUUUCCUCUCCUGUCCUUUCUGAGCAUAAAGGUGUAUAACGUGCGGCCAGAGGACAUUAGGCUCCUCGGGAUGUUGCCCACUCUUCGUGUUGUGGAUUUUCAGAGGAUUAAUUUCAUGAAGACCAUAAAAUCAAAGGAUGAUGCACUAGAGAUGUUGGACACUACUGUUGGUGCCUUCCCAUGUGCGACAAGGUUAUGGUUCUUAAGUGUUCCUGUGAUACCAUCUACAUUCCCACGAGGAGCUGCACCAAGGCUUAAAAAUGUUUGGUUCGGCUCGCCAGCUAUGUCUAUCGCCCGUGGCGACUUCGAUCUAGGCAUGGGGCACCUCCCUUCUCUCGAGACCGUCCAGUUCAGCAUUUGGCCUAAGGGAUCUAGCGAUUCGGUGGUGGAUGAAGCAGAGGUUGCGGUGAGAGCCGCAGCAAGAGACCAUCCCAACAGUCUCGACCUUUCAAUCAGGAAACUAUAACGUUGCCACAUCGGAAAAGCUUCAGGCCAAGGAAGAUGCCAAGGCUCCAUGCGCUGAGGUUCGCUGCUUGCCCACGGGCUACCUCAGUUUUAAUCCCUAGGCCCCUAGCUUCCGCUUGCUUCGCCGUGUUUUAGGCAAAUAUUACCUGCAUCAGCACUUGGUUAAUAUUCCCUGCAUCAGCACUUGUUCGUUUUGUGUUUAAUCGAUCCGUUU